GGCAGCCCUUCUGUUCAUUCUGUCUGGGGAUGAUGCAGCUUUUGGCACUCAGCACUGGGGAUCAGGAGGGGAGCGCUGGCCCAUGACAUCACACAAUGCUAAUAGAGUGCUGCUGCUGCUGCUGCUAUACAGGGAAAUGAUACUUGCGUUCCACAGGCACUGCUGCAUGGGUGUGGCGCAGGGGAAGAGCUCUGGAUUCUGGAUACAUCCCUGGAGUGCCUCAGUAAAACAGUUGGUAAGAGAGAACUACUCAACUGGAAAUCAGUUGACAAGGUUGCAGGCCUAAAGAAUGGCGGACCUUGGACAUAACUUCAGCCUUCAGGAUGCCCUGACAGAUGGGCCAGCUGAGACGGAACCAGAAGUCAAGCAGGAUUUUAUAACCUCGUUGGAGAAUGAGAAAUUUGAAGAUGAAGUCGGCGAAACAUGCGACAAGUCCAACUAUGUUCCCCUGUUGGACGAUGAUGACAUAAAGGAACCAAAGAACAAAUUGGAACAUUCUGCCGCACCUCAUGAGUCCAUUAUGGAGAAUGGGGAGCACAACCUUGGAGAAAAUGAAGUCACAGAUCCAUUUAGGUCAAACCACAAUGAAAAUGUCUUGUUAGAUCUACCUCCCUUUGAUACGACAAACCGACCUGCAUUAUUGGAGCACUUUGAAGCUGAAGGAACGGUUUCUGAGCUUAACCCAUUCGAGGAAGGCUGGCUGACCGAUUCCAACUCAAAAACAGAAGGAACAGAUACACCCAGUGAAGAUAUCUCUGAAAUAACCACCGGUCACACACCAAGUGACUGUUCAAUUCGGGUUCCACUUCCAUUGACCCAGAGUGACAACAUGGCUGGGAUCUGGCAGCCGACUGCUGAAGAACAGCUGGCACUGAGUCCUCACCACCCAGCAGAGCCCUACAGGAGUCCCGAGGAAGCAACGUUACUCUUACCAGAAGGUCAGGCUUCUUUUGACACAUAUUUACACGAGGGAAGCAGAGAAUUCAAAUUCCAAGAUCAAGAAAAGCCGGAAUAUGAAGGAGCUGCUGAACUAAUCUCAUGUAUCUCAUUUGAUGCUCCUUUGGAUCCCUGUGCUGAACCACUCCGAGGAAAUGAAUCUCUUCAUGAGUCAGAGGAGCAUGCAAAGGAAUCCCUUAUUGUGGAACCUGCUUAUAGCACAGUGAAUGAGGACAGUCCAGAAUACCUCUCUGUGGAUGCACCAAAUGCUCAAUUGGUGGAACAAGUAGACAAAGCUGCGUUGUUACCUGCAGAAGGUCAAUUGAAUGAAGAAGUAGGGCAACCUGCAAUAGCUGAAGACACAGUAAACAAACCGGUCAUUGAAGAAAGGGAUAGAGAAGGAUCUACUAAUAAUGAAGAGCUUCUAGAAUUAGAGGAAGCAGAACAUCAAACUGGCGAAAUCCCAUUAGAAAAACUAGACCUCGUUUUAGAAGAAUGCAAAUCUGAUACCUUGAUUCCCCAAGCUGUUGAAACCCCUUCUGAGCAAGAGCUAAUUCUAGAGGAGGAACACCAAAACUACCAGCCACAACUUCCAUGUGAAGAUUUUUUGUCUAGCAAAGCUGACGAUUAUUUGUCCACUCCCAAAACUGAAGAACAGGAUUGGUCGCCUCUAAAAACUGAAGCUGAGUUGUUGGCCCUAGCCACACCUGAAGCUGAGUUGUUGGCCCCUGCCACACCUGAAGCUGAGUUGUUGGCCCCUGCCACACCUGAAGCUGAGUUGUUGGCCCCUGCCACACCUGAAGCUGAGUUGUUGGUCCCUGCCACACCUGAAGCUGAGUUGUUGGCCCCUGCCACACCUGAAGCUGAGUUGUUGGUCCCUGCCACACCUGAAGCUGAGUUGUUGGCCCCUGCCACACCUGAAGCGGAGUUGUUGGCCCUAGCCACACCUGAAUCUGAGUUGUUGUCCCCUGCCACACCUGAAGCUGAGGUUUUGACCCCUGACACACCCGAAGCUGAGGUUUUGACCCCUGACACACCCGAAGCUGAGGUUUUGGCCCCUGGCACACCUAAAGCUGAGGUUUUGGCCCCUGGCACACCUGAAGCUGAGGUUUUGGCCCCUGACACACCUGAAGCUGAGGUUUUGGCCCCUGACACACCUGAAGCUGAGGUUUUGGCCCCACCUGUUUUGAUUUCCCCCACACACGAAGCCAGGGUUUUGUCAACUCCAAAAACUGAUAUUUUGGAUGAAAACAGAAUAGAAACCUUACAUGUUCCUGAAGAUAUCCCAGCCCAACAAGCAGAGCUUGAUUUUGAAGAGGCACCUUUAGAGCAAAAACCCUCUGCAGGAAGUCCAGUGGAAGAACCAUCAUCUGUUGCAGAAACUGCACCUGAGAAAGACGAUGAGCAUAAAGCAGUGUCUCAUGUCGAAUUUCCCCAAGAUAUUCAAGCAUCCUUAAAGCGAGGUUACAAAACAAGUGACCGCAGAUUUGGCAGAACAAAAUCUACAGUGGUUCCUGUUUCAGGUGUCCUUGCAGAACCACACUUAGGUAGGCAGAGUGCUGAAAGCAGGGGUUUCUUGGUCUCUAGAGCCAAAGAUUUGCAUAAGAAAGCUCACGACCUCAUGGAGAACAGACAAGAAACCUUUAAAGAUGGUGGGGAAAUUGACAGUGCUCAGGCAUUGAUGAAGAAGAAAAAGAAAAAACCAAAACAGAAGAAGAACACCCAAACUAAAGUAUCUGAGUUUUUUGUGGAAGAUGACUUAGAUUUAAAUAUUAGAGCUCAAUCUGAGCUCCAAGUCUCAGGCUCUGAACCCCUGGGGCAACACAAGUCUGUGAGGAGAAAACACUUGAUGAGAGAAGUAGAACAAAUCCAUGACCCCCUUAUGUUUUCAACAACAUGCUCAUCAACAAGAGAAGCUAUAGAAAAGGAAGCGAAAGUAGAGGCCAGCCUACCUGCACAGUGUUUCACAAAUGAAAAACAGGACCCUCAAAAUAUUAUGGGGAAAAAUCCCUACACAAUUGCAGAAUCUCAAUACAUGGCUCUAGAUGCAGCACUGAAAGAUAAAACUCCUUUAGACAACUGGGGAAGCAUUUUACAUGAACCAGAAAAAUCUUUAGACCAAAUGGAGGCUAAUGUCGCAUUGACUGACAAAGUCCUUACUAAAUGCCCCUAUUUAAAACAUGUCCUUAAAGAGGUCCAGCAGCCUGAACAUUCAGAGACGUAUAAAUCUACUACAGAUACAAAAACAACUACCUGUCCCUCUGCAAACUUGCCUGAAGAUCCUAUUCUAGAAGCAGAUAUGGCAAAAUCGCAGCUGGAAGCUGCCAACUUACUUUGUGAUAAGACAAAAAAGGCAGAUGGAAGACUGAAUGAUAACUGGAUUUCAGGGCCUUCAGAAGAUUUCAAACCAAUACAUAACGUACCAGAGACUGGAGGGUGUAAACCUAACCGCAUAGGUAAAGAGGAGCAAGCUAGCAGAAAAGAUAAGCCCUCAGUUGAAAAGUCUGAUGACAAAGAAGACACUAAGCAAGAAACUGUAACUGCUGUUGUCAAUAUGGCAGAGCAAGACCAAAGGAACAAUAACACUGACCGCACACAACUUAAACAACCCAAUAGUUCUGAAGGUCAGGCUGUUAAAUCUGUAUCCAGCAGUCAGAGUUUAGUGCAGGUUUUACCAGAAUCAGAUUUUGCAAGUGUAAAUCUUCAGGGCUUAGACCCUGACUUUGGUAUAAUACCUCGGCCUUCAGCCUCUGCCAAAUGGGAUAAGCCAAAGAGAGAAAAUGAGAGAAGGAAUAGAAGUUUACGCCCCUAUUCAGAAUCUGUAUUAAAUGCAGAUGUGGCAGCACCAGAUUCCAUUUUGGUUGUCGAUAACUCCUCUUCUCAAAGUCUUGCACCAAAAGAAACAAUUUUUGAACCACUUGGCAUCAUUGAAAAGGAGACUAUUGCGCUUGAACAACCGUCUCCUGUUACAUUUGAAGCUGGAGAUAACAAAUGCCUUGGUGAGGACAGCUUUCUAUUUCAACGUCAAAUAAAAAACAAAAGAGGAAAAUCCAAAAUGAAGGCAGAAAUUAAAGCCAGUGAAGCUACGGACAGUGGGCCGCAUUCAUAUUCUGAGCCUGCUGCUGUGUUUGAAGGAAGCGGAACAAGGAAACCUAAAGAAACCGUUUCUAGUGUUGGCAGAAGUGAACGAGGCUCUCUAAAGCGUGCACACGGGGCAGAGAAGACAACAAGUUCAGUGUUACCUGAGAUACUUGGAAACCAGAGGAAGCCUGAAUCUGAGAUUGUACAAAGCAAUGUUGUAGAUUCCCCAGCAGAUGUAGUAGCUCCCUCUAAGGAAAUAAUGGCUGUUGCUGACCAUGCCGUAAAAGAAAAGGAACAUGAUACGCAGCUUGCUGAAUCCUUAAACGUUAAACCUGAUAUAUUCACCACAUUUCCCAAGGUCCAGAACAUAGACCAAAUAUGUAAGCUAGACAAAUCUGAACAUUUAGAUUUACCAAAACAUCUCAAUGAUGAUAUUUCAAUACUUACAGCAGUGUCAGCUGAUAUUAAUAUCAAAGACAUAGUAACACCCGAGAUUAAAGAUAAAUCCACUCUCCAAAAAGACCUGAAAACCUCAGUUGACAAACCUGACACAUUAUAUUCUUUGGUGGCUCGUUCUUUAGACAAUAUAGACUCGAAGAAUGAGCUACCAAACCUUGGCCAAGAAAAUAAAAUCCGGAGCCACGGUAAAACUGCCCACCUUACUGAAGUGGCAGUCGUAGCCUGCCCAGAUGACAAAUGCAAGACCUCUAAGCUAAAGGAACAAAAUAAUAUUGAAGUUCAGAAAAGUGAUGGUGAAAAUUUGUCUAAAUUAGAGGAAUCUGAAAACUGGGUUGUCGAUUUGUCUGGAAGCAACUUGUUAGCAGUUGACAACAAAAGCGUUGCAACAAGUUUAAUAGAUUUUCACCCUGAAGCAUCGCUUGAAGCUACUACGGGAAUGCUUGAAGGUUCCAUUGCUGCUCCAAUCUGUAGCGAAAAAUGUAUUGUUGAAGAGAAACUUGGGCAUUUGGAUCUGUCCAGUCUCAGUCAGCCAUUAGAAAAGGAGCAGCCUUCUCUACUAUUGCCUACAGAGAGCAUAACAGAACCACAUUUGCCUGAGGAUGAACUGUCAUUGGUUGCCAGUCUAGAGAAAGGCCCCUCUAAGACCGAGAGGGAAAAGCUUCUGGAUGAAUCACCUGCAAGUCCUCCAAAACCUUCUCAUUCAGGUGAAAUCGUAAAAGAGGUCUCUAAAAUUAAAACAGAAUCAGUGCCUGUAACUGUUAAGAAAGAAAAAACACCACCACCCUCUGAAAAAUUGCUAAAAAAUAUCCCCAGCAAAUUCGAAGAAACGGUAAAGGCAUCCGAACCGUUAAAAGGUUACAUGAGGCCCACAAAAGCCAGAGGAUUUGUGUCCACUUUACCAAAACCUCCUUCCUCUGAUACUGAGAAGCAAAGGCACCUGAAGGACAUCCAUUUAGUUCAACAAAGGCCAGAUAAAGCAACUCCAGAAACUGUAGAACCCGCUGCAGCUGCAACAGAAAGUGAAAAGACAAGUCCACCAAGCAAAAAACUCCCACCAAGCCCAGAGAGGAAAGCCAAGACUUCUGCUGCAACACCAUCCAAGACUCCACUGAGCAAAAGCAAAGUCACAGGGGCAGCCGCUGCCCCCAGUCCCAAGAAACCUGUUUCUGCUACUCCUACUCAGAAAAAGUCUGCUAGCCCUGCUCCAGCUUCAACCACAACACCAAAACGCCCCCUGAGCAGUGUUAGCAGGCUCACCAGUGCAACACCCAAAGACUCCAAGCCCAAGACUCUUGAUUUGAAAAGCCCAGUGAAAAGCCCAGACAAGAAACCAGCGGUUCCAAAGCAAACUCCAACCUCCACUACUCCUAGAGCCUCUGUAAAGGCCAGUCCUGUAGCCUCCAAAGGCAGCACAACUACAGCAGCAGCAGCACCCACCACAGCAAGCACAGCACCCAAGAGUGCGGUUACCCCAAAGCGUCCAACAGCGCCCAAGAACGAUGUGAAACCUGCAGAAGUGAAGAGAAUCCCCAGCACCAAAUCCCCCACAGAAGCAAGUCGUCCAAAAUCGGUUCCAGCUGACUUGACUAAGGCCAAUGGGCCAGCAGCAGCUCCCACUCGUCCCAGGACGACCAAGCCUGCUGUUCCCAAAACUACUGGGGCUUCUAGCACAGCUGUGGAGGCAAAGAAGUUGCCAUCUGCCAGAACAGCUCCACUGAGCAAACCUAGCGCUGCUCCACUGAGUAAAACUUCUACUGCCCCCCUCAGCAAAACCACUGCAGCUCCUAAGCAGCCACGGCCAGCCACAGUUCCUGACCUGAAGAACAUCCGCUCAAAGAUUGGUUCCACAGAUAAUAUAAAGCACCAACCAGGGGGUGGCAAGCAGGUGGAUAAAAAGCCUGUGCCAAUCAGCACAGCCAGGAAACCUGUUCCCCCCGCUGUCCCUAAAACAGCCACUGCUGCUAAAUCCACAGAUACAAAAGAGACUGCUCAAAAGCAGAGCAAUGGGAAAGUCCAGAUAGUCUCCAAAAAGCUGAACUACAGCCACGUUCAGUCCAAGUGUGGCUCUAAGGACAAUAUUAAGCAUGUCCCUGGUGGUGGCAAUGUUACAAAUGCUGCAAAGCCAGCAACUGGGGGUACCCGCCCACAAGCAUCCGGCGCCCACAAACCUGCCAGUGCCAACGUCCAGAUCCUCAACAAGAAGAUUGAGAUGUCAAAAGUUUCUUCCAAAUGUGGCACAAAACCCAGUAUGAAGCACAAACCAGGUGCAGCGGAGGCAAAUAUUGGCAACUCCAUAAAGGAGGAGGCAGCAAAGACAACCCAGGAGGAGAGCGUAAAAGUAGAGGAAAGCCAAAAUACUGGGGAACAGGUGGUUCCUUCCCAGAACGGAGACCCAGUUACUCCCACAGAAUUCCCAAAACAAGAAGCACAGGAAAACGGAGUGGGAGAGAGAAGCCCAGCAGAGGGUGACAAUGAAAGGGAAAGCUUCAGCACUCUAAUACCAGAGACAAGCGUCUAACGAUGAAUUUGUGGUGUCCUCAUCCAUUUCCCACAUUGUCCAAUCUCAUCCCAUAUAAAACUCUUUGUCAUGUUUCCCUCCCACUUGUCUUCAACCCACCUCCGAAAUUCGCCACACUCUUUUACUGCAGAUUGAGACGCGCCCGGGGUGAUGUCCCGAGAGGCCGCCGGCACAAGAUGGACCACGGAGAAGACCUCUCCAUCUGAAUCCCAUGUCCUCCAGCCUAUCAGCACUUAAUCCUCCCCACAUAUCCCAUCGUGUGUGGCUUAGCACCUCAGACUGCGUGGGCCCAAGCCACCUGAUGCCUCAUCACCGCUGCUCAACUACUUGUCGCUCUCCAGACUGUAACUGCUGCUUCCCCGGCAAGGCUUGUGCUCCCAUUUGAUAUUCUUUCUGCACUUUGUAAGAGCCGGCCAAGCCUAGUCUUCUUAACUGUGUGUCUGGCUUAGCCCAUGGCUCUCUGCUUAUAUAGGGUGUGAUAUUUAUGUGUAUUUUAGCUGCUAGUAGGUUUUAGCUAGCCCCGUAUUCUCAGAUUUGGCCCACUCCAUAAACCCUUUCCUACAAUCACUAAAUAUAUUGUUAUAUAUCAUAAUACAUAGUCUGGGGCAGACAACAAGGACUGUAACAUUGAAUUGGACCCAUUGAAUGAAUUCAUAGAAAUUCUGCUUUUUUUAACAACGUUCUACUCCACGCUGAAUUACAAACAGGUGGCGUAUGGUGGGAAUUUUAGACACAUUCGAUCGGUUAUAGACUGGGCAUAUGAGUUUGCAGCUCCUCUACAACAUGCCAUUUGCCUUCCCCUUUAAAGGAUAAGUAAACUUUUAAAAUAAGCGAAUGUAAAAUUGAUGAGGGGGCUAUUCUAA